GGAAAAUUAAAGGCAGCCAGUGAAGAGCCGCAUGAAUCCCCGCUAGGAAGUGCACACUCUCGCCAGGACCAUGAGCGAUGAGCCACCUCUGCUGACCACCCUCACAGAGAACGCUACUGAUGUUCCAGUGGCAUCAGCAAGGCCGGAUAACUAUGUGCUGCUGUUGGUGAUGCUGUGUGUUUUCGCCGGAGGAACGCUGGUUCUGCUUUCUGUUCUCCUCAUCUUCUGCCAUCGCUGCUGUCAGAGCGGACGCCGUUACUCCAGGGCCAGCGAUGAUUUGGAGAAAACCAACACCACAUAUGUGGAAGAAAGUCAACCUACUCAAGACAUCAACAUUAGGAUGGAAAGCACAGAAACACUGUCCACCUCCAGCUGUCAAGGUGAUGAGAACACGGAACGCUUCCAGUCCUCGGUGUACACAGGACGGCGGGUCUCCUUUAACGAGACGGCGAUCUAUGAGCAGAGCAAGAAAAAUCAGGAGAAAGGCCGAAGGUAUACUCUUACAGAGGGUGAUUUCCACCACUUGAAGAAGGCCCGUCUAACUAAUUUGCACAUUGCACCUCCAGCACUGAACAUCCUGACCAUAAUGGAGUGUGACUCACCUGAGAACAGCGUCAGUCUGAGAGAACAGCACAAACCGUCCCUGUCGAUAUUUCAGCUUGGCGAGGGCACCCUGCCUGAAUCACAAGUGCCCUGGAGAAGCCAGAGCCCAAGCUGUGCACUGCCUGGAGAUACACUAAACUCUGUCCUGGACAACAGAUUUAUUUCACACAAUAAUGAAGGAAGCGCUGAACCACCUCGAUCAAGGACAAUUGAGGCAAUGGGAAGUGCUGGUGUAAACACGGAAGGUGACUCAGGAUCCUCCCAAGUGGCAGGAGCAUGUGAAGCGCCUGGAGGAGGAGGAGGUGGCUCAACUUCGGGCCAGGGCACCAUGUUACACUUCCUGUCCCGACUCAGGCGGCAUGCGAGUCUAGAGGGAGCCAGCCCCUAUUUCACCAUCAAAAAAUGGAAGUUAGACAGCAGUAACAGAGCAGCCAGUCUGGACUUGAGAGGUUCUCCACGAAGGCGAGCAUUUCAAAGACAGCGAGCAGCAAGUGAGACUCUGGAACAAGGGGACGAGGACCUCCAGCAGUCAGGAGCAAAUCAAGAAAAUGAUUUUUUGUUGCAUGUAAAACCCCUUCAGCCACAAGCCGACCCCCCGAGACGACUCUCUGCUGGCUCUUUGGAGUCAUCAACUACAGGCUGUCCUCCCCCACCAGCCCCACUCAGGAGGUUGGAAGUAAAGGCCGUUUUGGAAGCAAGACCAAGCGUCGAAGAAAGCAUGACUCAAACAGCCGACAGUUUAUUAGAUUCUAUCAGGAUUCAAGGGGAGGAUGAAGUAGAGGAGAAUGACAAUGGUGGAGAGAUUAUACUAGGAGCAAUGGGAGGAGAAGGGACUGGCGUUGAGGGAGCCUCUGAAAUUGGUUUGGUGAACAGACAGGAAAGCCUGGAGCAGCCCAACAUGUACCGGGACAUCUGGAGCCUGCGAGCAUCACUGGAACAAUAUGCUUCUUCUGACCUAAGCAGCAAUGACAGAGACUCGACGCGCAGUGAUGCUGACAGUGUCUGUUCACUAGGGGGCCUUGGUGCAUCCAGAACAGGUAUGGUCAGUUACCAAUCGCAAGACAUAGAUGAUGAGAUUGACGGGGAUGGUGAGCUUCCAUAUGAUGAAGUGGUCAGGGACGUUAGUGGCAGAAAAAAUGGCAGGGACAGUGUGGACUCAGAGAGAGGCAGCGACAGUGAGGCUGGAAGCAGAAAGCUUCUGCAAAUGGACAGCGGCUAUGCUUCCAUUGAGGCUCCAUGCAAAGCUCCAGAGGAACUACGUCUGUUUGGAAGCACGUCUGGCAAGACAGCAUCAGAACGGCGACGGUUCUUUACAAAUGCUGGACGCAAGGGGACUGUGUGUGAGAGUUUUGAGACUCGGCUGUUCAAGGAGGAGUUAGAAGAUGAAGCUUCAGAAAGCAGCAUUGGCAUGGAGCUGGAGGCUUCCAGUACAGUACCCCAGGGGGAACCAAGCAUCUCACUCAGUGACGCACCAGAAAAGCAGGCUGAAAUCAAACCCAGACCACGCUUUCGUCGCAGAGACUACAGUAUCGAUGAGAAGACAGAAGCCCUGUUCAACGAAUUCCUGCGUCAUGAUCCACAGUUUGAUCAGCAGGGUUCACCCUCUCUACGGCACAGACAUCGCUCACGAAUCCACCUGCGCAAGCAGUGGCAACGCACCAAGCAGUACAGUGACCCUGGAGCUGCUCGCUACUCACCGUCCCUGGAGAGACAGCGUAGUUAUGCACUGCGGAGGGGAGACAGUGCCAACUAUCCACUGGACACACGGUACCACAGCACCCUACCACGUAUUGCUAGUGCGGCGGACGAGGAGGCCAGUGAAGGAGCAGCCAGUGAAGGCACUGAAUCACCCAAAGCACAGGGCUCUGGUCCAGCUCCUGAGGACAACUCUAACAACAGCAGUAACAACAGUAGUCCAGUGGUAAAAUCAAUUGGGGAUCAUCCCACCCUGCUGUUUUCCACAUCCUCAGUGGACAGCACAAUGGGGGACUCUGGCAUUCUGGAGGGUUGCGGGAGUGCUGGGGAACCGACAGAGAUACGCAGAUGGUCAGUUACAGACCCAAGUCCUGAAAAGACAGGUCUAUGGAACACAGGUAUUCACAUUCCAGAGAACAGGUAUGACACAGAUAAGGACACUAUAGACAAAGGUUACAUGCAUAGUGUAUUGGAACCCAGUCCAACUGAUAAACUGCUGAGCAGUCUAGAUGAACGACUAUACACCAACCUGAGGAGGACUCAAGGCAGUCAGGAAUGCAUGGUGACCAUGACCCGCACCUCCCCAGACCUCAGCCAGGACUAAAAGCAUGAUGAACAGCAGCAUUCAAAGAAUGCAGAGAUCAGGAAUACAGACUAAGAGUGAAAAAUUUAACGGAUUUGUGAUGUUGAGGUGUUAAUACUACCCAGUUACAGACUAUGGCAACCUCAACUAUUUUCGGAUAAAAAAAAAAAUAAAUAAAUGCAUGUCUGCUCCUUAAUAAUGAAGGGGUAAAGUAGGAGUGGUGCAAUCUCAAACUAGGGAAAUGUCUGAACAUGUAGUAAAAUUCCAUAUGCAGAUUAAAGUAAAAAGAUCUUUUUCUGAACAGGUUAGUGUUAAUACCACUUGCAAAUUGCACUGUGAAAACUAGCGAAACUAGGGUGCUUUAUGAAACACACAUUUACAGGGCAGUUCAGAGUAAUAACCAUCAGAGUCAACUGCACUUUUAUUAAUUAGAAAUUAUGAUAAAUGAUCAGCUUUCUUCUGUCAAAGAAAACAAUAUACAGAAUUCCAGAAGAAGGUAUCAGACUCUUGAUAAUUAAAUUAUGAUCGAAUUACUGCCAAAUAUAGGUCUCUAAAUCCUAUACUAUUUUGGAUUUGCAACUCUGUUCUAAUCCCAGCACUUCAUUCAUUUCAAUCAUGGCUUUCAUAUAAUGAUGAUUCAUAAUCCUCUUUCCUCAUUCCUGUUUGAGAUUAAAGAGAAAUUUUAGGUUCAUAUAUUAAGUCAAGUUAUUCGCUUAAAUUGCAUUGUUAUGCAAAGUACAAUGCCAUGAUCUUGUGGUUUCAGACAAAAAUCUCUAAUUUGUAACAUAAAAACUGCCCGUUUAAAUUCAAUUAUUAUGGCGUAGUUUGCAAGUUUAGCCUUUCAUCACAUAUACAUUACUGCACAGUGAAAUUCUUCAUCCUUCGCAUAGGCUGGGGUCAGAUCGCAGGGUCAGCCAUUAUACGGCGCCCCGCUCACUGGCCUGACAGUGGCAACCUGGUGGAGUCGGGACUCGAACCGUCGACGUUCCAAUCAGUAAUUCAUAGCCUUAACGAACCACUGUGCCACUACCACCACCCCAUAAACUUACAAACUGCAGCAGAAUGUCAGAAACUUUGGAUUAAAAGAAUGCAAUGCUGAAACAAUACUCUUUUAAAAAGUGACUUUUCUAAUAGAAUCACUAUUAAAAUUGACAAUGACAAAGAUUUAAUUAUCGUCAACUCAUACAGUGUAGGACAAGACCUCAUUUAUCACACAAUGUAAAGCAGGAAAAUUAAAACAGCACGUUUGGUUAAGGGGUACUGCCUUCAUUGUUUAUUUCUGUUAAAUCUGUUCAUCUUUCUUUUUCCAGUAUUCUUGUUGGCAUGAUGUAUAGGUUGGCAUAGGCAUCAGUCCUGGGAGAUGAGCCAGUGAUAUCAGACCAAACAUCUUUCAGAUCUUUGGCUAAGACACUUUAUUUUACACCUUAAUAUUAUUUAUUGAUCCGUUUUCAGUUCUAAUUAUAUUUAUCAAUGUCAUAUGCUAUAUAAAGAGACCUAAGCAGAGGUUAAUCAUGACUAAGGGGAUGGGUAAAUGGCCCAGAGCUUGGAGUGUGUUUGUGAUAUUGAUUGUCCAGAUCAAAGAUGUCUGGCAUUAAAAAUAUCCUUAAUCGCAUAUCUUUAGAAAGUUUGAUGACCGAAUUAGCUUUGCAAAAUUUGCCCAAGAACUAAAUUACAAUAAAAGUUCAUUGACGAGGAAGGCUGUUGUAUAACUGAUUCCACAUGGGCUUCUUAAACAUGCCUGUUCAUUGCACAGAAGUCCUUGUGGACAUAAAACCAUCAAAGAUCGAUGACCACUGCAUCUCUUAUUUUAUUCCUCUUGGAGCUCUUUGUUCUCAUAUUACAUAUUGAUUAGCAGCAAAGAGAGAGACAGCCCUUAAACAGUAGCGAUGAAAUAGAGAGUAGCAUGUUUUCGCUGCCCUAGGUUAGACCAUGCAGUGAUAGAAACCUCAUAAAUUUACAUUAAGCGGACCGGAAGCAGUCACGUAAUAGCUAAUAACAAGAUGUAUAACAUCUCACUGAACGUAGUAUCAUCAAAUAUUAAACCUUUUUUUUUUUUGGUUGUUAAUCUAUUUCAAUUCUUUACUCAAUUACUGCAUAUAACUCAAAGUGAAGGUCCAGGCACUAUAAAUAUUCUUGAGCUUAAGUACUAUAUUACUUGUAGUAGUGUAGUGCUGUGUGUAAUAUUGAGGUUCGAGGUGAAUCUAGGUGCAGCACGCAUUUGAACAUGAAUAUACAGUCGAUUAAAGUGUCUGUAAUAUUUGGCGGAGUCAGAAAGGUAGAGAUAUAAAAGUUUGAAGUAUGUAAAUACUCCCAACUAGAUACUAACUCACAGUGGUCAUGCGUACAUGUACUUCAUUCAACAACUGCAGAGCCGUUUUGCCCUUUUAUAAUUUCUCCAAUAAUAAUUUUUUAAUGUCUUCAUCAUUCCUCCACGAAAAGAUGUCUUUUACCAAUUAAAUAACAUGUUAAUCAUUUUCAGAAAGUUAUUUGAUUUUCAACAAGGUUUCUUUGAAGAUCAUCAUGCUCCCAAUAUACUUUUAAACUGACUCCAUCAGAUAUAAACAGUAAACUUCUUUUUUUGUAUAAUUAUUAGGAAUUUAUUUUAAUUAUGAGAAGUUAUGUUGAACAUUAUAGAGUGAAUAUUGUAAUACGCAGAAUAUUGUAUAACUAAUAUGAAUGAUUAAGAAAAUGUGUCUUUUAAGCAUGAGAUGUUUAAAGGAUUCAUAUCUUGUAAAUUCUUUUAAAGCCGUCAACCCCCCUCCCCUUAUAUAUUAAAUAUAUUUAAAUAUAAAUCUGGAAACCCCACUUCGGAAUGGUACCUUUACAUACAUAAUCUGUAAGUGUAACACAAAUGGAACCCUAGUUAUGCAAAUAUCUCUCCAAAAGGAUAAGUGUAGGAUAGUGACAGUAGUCCUUUCCAGUGAAAUGUAUUUUUUCCUUUCCCAAAAUAUCCAGAUAGAACACUGUCUGAUGUAACCUGCCAGCUACAAUACAGUCUGCAGUACGGUUUCUGUUUUAUUUUUAAUUUGAAACUUGAUGUUCAUUGACAUUGUAGGAAAUACAACAAAUACCCAGGUAGAUAUUUGAAGCAAUACACCAUUUAUACCAUGUGCCCUAUCACUGACCACGCCAUCCCCCCCCCUCUCUCCUCGUCCUGAAUGGAACAAAUAUCUGAUGUCUGUGUGCAAAUUCUGACCUGAACCCCAUGUAGGAGCUUGAGGACAUGUCAGACUAGCAGCUGGUCUUCGUGCACACGGAUGACUGAACCCACUGCUGCACUCCUGUGCAGUUCUGCAUGUGAGAUGAAAGGACACAAUGGCAUUGAGGUUCUCUGUACUUUCAACGCUUAUCAAAAGCAUUCUUGAUCUCUUUUCAUUUUAUCAGAAUAAAUGCUCAUUCAUUGAUCCUUUGGUUGCUUAGAGGGUUUUCUUUAAGACUGAUCUCCUAACACUAAGACUCCUAAUUUGGUUUGUGAAUAUGUAGGGUUUUAUUUGGUAGGAGGGAAUACUUACCAUUUCAGAAUCUAGUAUUUCCAAGGCAUCAACUGCUUCUAAAUAUACUGAGCAAGAUAUUAUAGUGUAAUACAAGGGUAUUUGCCUAAAAAAAAAAUUGGUACAAAACUUUGUUUUAUACUUGGUGCCACUAACCACUUUUGACUUAUGCCACAGACUCUAAACAUUGAGACCCUGGUUCGAACCUUUAGCACAAAAUAAAUGCUUACUUCCCUGU